CAAACAAUAGAAAGUGGUAUGUACCAUCAUGGUCUCUACGAUAGGUACAUUUCCCUACGAAGUCAAAGAUUAUCAUUUCUACUUUGCAUUUAUAAAACACAGUUCUUCGCGUGUGGAUCAAUAUAUAUGGAUGAAUUCAUCUGAAAAUCUGUCGUCAACUCAACUUCGCCCGUUGUACUGUCCGUUGCAUUAGAUUGUGCCCCCGGGAUCCCUUUUUGAAGGGGAAUUGUGCCUCGAUCCUUCGCUGCUACCUUUCUAACGGGAUUCAUUUUGCCCCGGCUUUAUGAUAACCACAGCAUGGAAUGAGGCUGGAUAUUUGAAUUGAUUGAAACAGCGAAUUGCUCUGUACUGCAGUAGAGAUGACAAGAACAUAGGAGGAAUUGAACAAACAUUUAAGGUGUGGUAGCUGUGGUCUCCCAGGAUGCCGUUGGUGAAGAGGAGUAUCGAGCCGAGGCACCUGUGCCACACAGUGCUGCCGCGGGCCAUUAAGAAUGAGCUGGAGUGUGUGACCAAUGUGUCCCUAGCUAACGUCAUACGACAGCUCAGCAGCCUCAGUAAGUAUGCAGAGGACCUGUUUGGGGAGCUAUUCAACGAGGCCCACUCCUUCUCCUUCCGGGUCAACUCCCUGCAGGAGCGCGUGGACCGCCUCUCGAUCAGCGUCACACAGCUAGAUCCUAAAGAGGAGGAGCUAUCUCUCCAGGACAUCACUAUGAGGAAGGCGUUUAGGAGCUCAACCAUCCAGGACCAGCAGCUGUUUGCCCGCCAGUCGCUUCCCCCUGAUUGACCUCUGCGACAGACCUUAGAUCAGUGUCUGGGGGUAACUGUGCUUUCCUCCUGCAGGGAUGAUGGUAAGGAGGGGCUGAAGUUCUACACUAACCCCUCCUACUUCUUUGACCUGUGGAGAGAGAAGAUGCUGCAGGACACAGAAGACAAGAGGAAGGAGAAGAGGAAACAGAAGUUGCAGGACCCCCACCUGUAUGAUCAGGUCUAUCGGUACUUAGACCUCCCAGGACAGGUUAGGGGAAACGACCGUACUCUGGAGACUGAGAAGAUCCCGCGGGCGCCUCACGACCGGAAGAAGGAGUGGCAGAAACUGGCGCUCGGGGCAGAGCUAGCUGAGGACGACCCUGAAGAGGCCCUGAAACACAGAGAGCCUAAUGGCUCCGCUCCCUACCACGACAGAGCUCCUAGUUACUUGGAUGGGAUGGACGGGCCAUUCUCCCUAGCAGCGCUGCCCUACAGCCAGAUGAAUGAGCUGCUGAACCGCCCCGGGGACAGAAUGUACACACGACCCCAUGACCCCCCACCACCACCCCCUAUGCACCAACUGGGAGACAUCAAACCCCCCUCCAUGAUCAGCUCCAGUUCAGGUUUUUCAGACAGCAGACCCCAAUCUCCAGCACAGACUCACGGCUUCAACUCCAACACACCUCCCCCUCCGCCACCUCCCUUGCCCCCUCCACCUCCUCCCUUGCCUUCCAUGUCUGGUUUUGGCCCUCGGGGCACCCCUCCUCCUCCUAUUCCUCCUCUACCCAUCCAGCAGCAGCCCCCGGCCAUCCCCCCUCCCCCUGCACCUCUCCAGAUCGCCCCUGGUGUCCUCCACCCUGCCCCUCCCCCAGUGGCACCUCCCCUCCACAUCUCCUCCCCAGCCCGUCUCCAGCAGGUCCUGGACAGGGGCCCGACCCCUGGCCAAUCAGAUGGCACUAUGCUGCCUCCUCCGCCCCCUCCCCCACCCCUCCCAGGGGUACGGAGCUCCUCCCCCUGCCCGCCGGGCCCACCCCCCGUGCCUUCCUUCCUGUCAGGUGCCAUGGCGUCCCCGCUCUCUCACUCCGUGGGGAAGAAACACUCCGCCAACCUGCCGCCCAUCAGCGAUGCACGCAGUGUCCUAUUGGAGGCCAUCCGCAAAGGUAUCCAGCUCCGGAAGGUGGAGGAGCAAAGAGAGCAGGAGGCAGCCAAACACGAGCGUGUUGGGAACGACGUGGCCACCAUCCUUUCCCGACGCAUUGCCGUCGAGUACUCCGACUCAGAGGACGAGUCCGAGUUCGACGAGGGAGACUGGAUGGAGUGAAUGAGAUGGAGGGAGAGGAAAAGAAUAGAGAGGGGGACAAAAGGCAAAACUGUCACCCAACUGUACCCCCUUUAGAGAUGUCAGAAUCCAUCCUUACAACCACUAUUCUCUGUCAGUCUUGUGUUACCUCCUCACCUGUCAUCCUCUACACCUCUCUCUCUCGCCCUCUUGCUCUCUUUCUCACUCCCCAUUCUUUCUAUCCUCUCUCCCCCUAUUUUUCCUCCAUCUCUCUUUUUCUCUCUCUACACCUCCCUCUCUUUCUCUCCCUCUACCUCUCCUUAUUUCUCUCUCCACCCCUCUCUCUCUAUUCUCUCCCUUUCGCUCCCUCUUACAUCUCCCUCUCACUUUCUCUCUCUCCCUUUGUCCCUCUUGUUCUCUGUCAUAUACUGUUCUUGGUGUGUUUGUAGAAAAAUAUCAAUUUCAGUUGUUUGUUCCCCAUGUUCUGGUCGGGAAAUGUUUUUGUACUCAUUUUCUACACUACUACACAUUGUUCAGUGGCUCAUGUUAUUUUCCUUCUUUAUCCUCCAAUUGUAUGAAAUCCUCCUCAUGUACAGUUGUUUAAAAAAUGAACGUUAACCAAACAGUUUUUUUUGUUUCUGAUAACCUUUUAGAGAAAAGUUAUUAACAACCACACCUUUCCCCCCCUUUGUUUCUGAUAACCUUUUAAAGAAAAGUUAUUAACAACCACACCUUUCCCCCCCUUUGUUUCUGAUAACCUUUUAGAGAAAAGCUCUUAACAACCACACCUUUCCCCCCUUUGUUUCUGAUAACCUUUUAGAGAAAAGCUAUUAAC